AUGUCUAAUUAUGAAUGCAGCUUACAAGGACUUAUCAUUGGACACCAACAAAAAGAUAAGCUCAUUGAACGACUGGAAGGAAUAUGUGGAAAUAGUUCAAUAGUUGAUUUAUUUGAACAUGAGAUCAUAUUUACACCUUCUGUGCAGACACCAGUAGGACCAGCACGUAAUGACGACGUUGUACUGCGAGUUCAAUCGAGAAUUUCAACAGAAAAAGAUGUGAGUUUUCGUUUUAGACAAUGGCAUCUUUGCAUGCAAGGUAAUCCAGAACCACAGCGUGCUCGAACAGUCACAGUAAGACCAAUCGCACGUGUUCAACUCUCUGGUGAUAUGUUUAGGUUUAUGAAGGCUCUUGGUUACAGUUAUUCGUUUGAAAUCGUCAGAAAAGGAUACUUGGUUGCGUAUGAUAAUGUAUUAAAGAUAACCUUGACAAGACUAUACAAAUUAAAAACCAAAUUGGAUGUGACAUCAGCAGUACCCUUUGGUCAAGAGGAUAUGUGGAUUGUAGAAAUAACGACAUUACCUGUACCACAAGAACAAGUCAAUCAGAUGGCAGAGCAUUUAAACAAGUUCAAGGUGUUACUAACAGGAAUUGUGGAUCUUGAAUAUGUUGAUACCAGAGCAUUACAAAAUAAAGUUCAUUAUACUACAUAA